AUGGCAUUAGAAUUAAUGCCACUAGACAAAGUGGUGAGCAGUUUUGAAGAUCUAAGAAGUGCUGCUCAAUGUUUACCCCAAUUAGAGGUUAUAGAAUUAUUACAAUAUUUUGAAAAUAAUUGGAUAUCAAAUAUUGAAUUAUGGAAUAUGUUUGGAUUAUAUAGUCGAACCAAUAACACCUGUGAAGGCUAUCAUAAUAGAAUAAAUAGUCGGUUGCAACGGAACCAUCCAAAUAUAUGGCAACUUAUUAGCUUCAUGAAAGUGGAAGAAAAACGUGUUCAAAAUAUACGUCUUCAAUGGUCUUCUGGCGCAUCAAAUAAAAAAAAGAAACUCACUGCAGCAUUACAAAAUCGACAUACUAUGGGCUAUUUAAUUUCAGUCUGA